GUGGACCUUUACAAGCUCUGAUAGAUAAGCGUAUGGAAUUUAUUCGCUGCCGGCAUCAGCUCUAGCAGAACCGUCCUACGCACCAUAUUAUGUCUUCAGUUAGGUCUAGCCCCUCCGUCACCGUUGGGCCGCAGGCAUUGGCGGCUCAAGGCUCGGUGCACUGGGGCUUAGCAAUGGCCGCCUGAUCCUGAACAUUUUGUUGCGAACCAGGCCUUGAUCCCUAAAUCCCGCCGCUCCCCAGUUCUUGAUAUCCUUGCCGAUCAGCGACUCUAUUGUUCUCGCCUUUCUCAAACUGCUGGCCAUACGACGAGACAUAAUGCUUCGCCAAACGACGAAAAGCCCAGAUAACGCAUCGGUUUGCGUGGUAUUCGUUUAGCAAAAUGGAAACCGAUUAUUUGAUCAAGGGAGGGUAUUGCGAACGGAUGACGGAGGAAAAUGUACCUGAUCCCGACGUAACGGGCUGGGGGAUCGUCUCAUCCUUUUGCUUUUCAAUCGUCAUGAACAUGAUUGCCAUCAUCGUUGCAUACGCGACAAAAGCGCUACCUGAGAAACGGUACAACACAAUAGACGAUAUCAUUCAUUCCAGAGGGUCGUCGUCGGCCGAUAGGAAACAACGCAUCAAAGCUUUCGAGUCAUUCAUGCUAUCUCUCAGUGACCAGCAACUUGUUACUGGCAUGGUCCUCAUGUUGGCAACGAUCUUAAUAUCCGCGGGGGUACAUGGCUUGGACGAGGACUUUUCGGUGUACUCGUUUCAAAUUGCGACUCGACUCGGGUACUUCUCAUGCAUCACGCAUCUUUGCUCACUCACAGUGUUGUGGGGCUACUUCGACCAACAUAAACGGUUAAGAAUGUUCCGCACCAUCCUUAUGGUUGUCUUCCUGGCGAUGAUGAUUGGGUGCAUGACCAUCUCAGACUCUGUUACUUUUCGUUUCAAUCGACACGUUUCGGUCAAAUGUGCGAGAAAGCAUUUUAAGCUGAUUGAUCGAGAAAGACCCAACUAUGUCUUCUUCUCUGACGAAAUCAUUAUUAUCUUCAACCUAUCGAUACUAACUUACAUUCUCAUAUCUGGCUACGUCCAGAGGCUGCUACAACUCUAUUGCCCGCUUGCCCGCGAAGAAAGAGACUACUGGCAGCGUCGUUCUUUACGAGCCUUUUUCGGGCCUGAAGCUGAAACCAAAUUUGAAAGACUAGCUUUGACUCACAAUCAAACACUGGCAGAUCUGAGAUCUAGUUUUCUCUGGGAAAUUGUGUGGUUGGUAUUCUACUUCACAUUCGGAACCGCGAAUCUCCUGGAGUUCUUCAAUGAUGUCAGUCUCAGACUUGGUGCCAUCAAGCCGAACUUUGGGCAGCUUGUACCUCUGUUCCUUUUAGCUCUUCCAUUGAUAUCGGCUGCUGAGGCAUAUUCAACUGCUACUACAUAUGAUGAACUAUCUUCUCAAAAAACUGAAGACACAUCUUCUUUGCCAACGCCCGAGACGAAUGCGCCAGAUGUAACAGACUUGCUGCCGACUUCUCAUGCAUCGGGAAGUCAGCCUUUGAACCGAACCCUGGGAAAUCAGUCCCCAUCAGCAGCCACUGCGCAUUCAUUGCCCAUACUAGAGUCAAUGAUGAUCGUGGAACCGGCUCAGCUCCCCCAAGCAUCUGAGACCUCAGGUGGCUGGCUUUUGCUUAUGCUUAUUCCUUAUGCGGCUGGACUCAUGCUUUGGGCUCUUGUCUUUGCGGAUGUUAUACCCCACAGUUUCUUCCUUUCCAUUGCAGCAUGGGUGAUUGCAUUUCUGAUUGAGGUUGCGAGCUUCCGAAGCUGGUUUACCGUUGUAUUCUCUGCCACACGUGAAGUGAUAAGAGGCUGGUAUCUGGCUAUGAAGAGAUCGUUCAAACAGCUAUACCAUGUGUUUCUGACUUUACCUUACAUUAUGACCGAAUAGAACAUCAUGGUCUUAUCUUGUGUAUAUAUAAAAUCUGGGUUAGAACUUCAGGUUACAUAUGACCCAAAUCCAAAUCUCCGUUGUCCUC